UUGGAAUAAUUUCACCUAAUAUCACAUAAUUGUCAAUAUGUACUAGCUAAACAUAUGUUAAACAGAGUUAAUGCAGUGUGUUUACAAUUUUUAGAUAGAAUUUUUUUAUUAGUGUCAUGGACUAGGACGAAUUACUACGUAAAAUAAGAAAAGUUCAAGUUAGUUACCCUGAGCAGCUGGAACAGCCCAAUAUGAGUGUAUUCAAGAGGGUGUUUCUCCUAAUAUCAACCGGCGUCUGUGGAGUAAUAGGCAUUACAAUGAUUACGCUCGGUGCGAAGGAAAUCAUGGAUGGGACGUUUCUCGAUGGUUUUGCUAAAGAACAUCGUUAUAUCACAGCGGUUUUUAUCACCUUGGGUGUUGUAAUAUUCUUGCUAUCUGCUAUCGGCUUCCUCGGGGUGAUUUUGCAGAACAACACCUUACUUCGAAUGUACGCAUACCUUAUGUUGACGUUGAUCGUGAUACAAGUGUUGACCGGUUUCUUGAUACUGUUGUUCAUCGAUGAUAUACGUAAUUCAAUGUUCAACAAAUUAAACGAAAAGUUCAAGAACUACGAGAAGAACAAAAACGAGAUAGACCAACUCCAGUUGAUACUGAAGUGUUGUGGAUUGGCAGGUGCGAGAAAUUGGAAUGUGACCCUGCCUGCGUCUUGUUGCGGUCUGACAACGGGCAACUGUACCGUAUCGUCGGCCUAUCCUGACUCUUGUACCCAAAGAGCCGAAAAUGCUUUAGUUACGACAUUGUAUGUCCUGAGCAUAAGUUCCCUCCUCAUUGUACUCUUUGAAAUAAAAUGCAUCAUUUUGGCAUGUUGCCUGAGUAAUGUGGAAAGUCCGACGCAAACUAGGAGGCAACUAUCGCCAAAAUUCGGAAAGCGUAAACGAUCGUCCGAUGAGAGCUCGAGUAGUUCAUCGAGUUCGAGUUCUAGUAAUGAAGAACAGAAAACAAAUAAAAAAAUAAAUGAAGAUCAAAAAAAAAAAUAGGAAUGCAAUAUGUAUAAAUCGUCGAUUAAAUAUAUGUCU